CUUCAGGCGCUCGGUGCUCAGUUUGGCAGAGAACAACUCCCAGCCCUUGAUGGCAAAACUCCAGUGGCUGUUUGCUUUCCUAGAGCACAGUCAGCGGCCGGCCAUCUCCCCCGAAAACUUCCUCUUGGCUUCGUGGCCUCCCUGGUUUACUCGCGGGGCGCAGCAAGACUGCUCCGAGUACCUCAAGUACCUCCUCGAUCGGUUACACGAAGAAGAGAGAACAGGAAGAAGAAUUUACCAGAAGCUCAAAGAGUCCACCUGGAUACCUCAAGCCGACCAACGGCGCUCCACGAACAAGACUCUGGUUGAAAAAAUGUUCGGUGGCAAAAUCACGACGAAAAUCCGUUGUCUGAAGUGCCUAAAAGUCUCUUCAAGAGAGGAAGCCUUCACGGAUCUCUCACUGGCUUUCCCGCCAGCAGAUAAGCACGUGCCUAUACCCAACGGUACCUCGGUUUUGCCUGUAGAAGAAAUGGGCCCACAAUCACUUCAGCCCAGUGCCGAAGCUCCCACGGUGGCGAUUGAUUUGCCAAGGAGAUCAGGGAAGCAUCACGCAUCUGGCGAAAAUCCCUCCAAAAUGUUGCCGGUUGAGACUCUGAGACCAGAAGGGCAAGAGACAUCUCUCCUUUUCAGGUCUGAGAGGGACACGGUUGGCGCGAAGUCUGACAAAGACGCGGUGCUCUCCUCAUGGAAGCAAGGGUGCGGCACGGGGGCCUCCAGAUCCGUCCCUGACUUGAUAAAUUAUUUCUUAUCGCCCGAGACACUGACGGCAGAAAACCGGUAUCACUGUGAGAACUGCGCCUCCCUUCAGGACGCGGAGAAGCUGGCGGAACUUACCGAAGGGCCUCACUACCUCAUCCUCACCCUGCUGAGGUUCUCCUUCGACCUGAGAGCCAUGAGGAGAAAGAAGAUCCUCGACAACGUCUCGGUCCCGUUGGUGUUGAAGCUACCUGUCCUGACAUCCACCCAGGAACUGAGCGACCCCAGCCCGGCAAGGGGCACUGGGCCCGCUGCGCCAUGUGAGGGCUUUGCGUCCGUAGUGUACGACCUCUGCAGCGUGGUGGUACAUUCCGGAGUAUCCUCAGAGAGCGGCCAUUACUACUGUUACGCCAGGGAGUGUGAAGAUGCCCCUGUGGGAAGCGACCCGAAGAGCGCCUCGUGGAAGGCCCCCUCAGAAAAGCCGCUGGACGUUGCGAUCCAAUGGUACCUUUUCAACGACACCAGGGUAUCGUUUUCGUCUUUCGAGUCAGUGAGCAAUGUGACUUCUUUCUUCCCCAAGGACACGGCCUACCUGCUGUUCUAUCGACAGAGGAUGACGAAGCCAAGAAACACAGGGCAGGAGACUGCCGCCGAGGCCGGUUGGGUAAACGGAGACUUGUCCUCUCCCAAUAAAGACCUGAUGGAAGCCAUUGCUAAGGAUAGCAUCCUAUACUUGCAGGAGCAGGAGAAAGAAGCGCGGAGCAGAACGGCCUACAUUUCAGCGCUACCCAAAUCCCCCCUGUGGUGGAAAGACUUUGAAGGGGAUAAUGAUGAAGAUGACUCUUCAGGGGGGUGCGGUCACGCUGCCGGAGGAGGUGGACCGAGCUCCUUCCACGGACUUGUCUUUUAA